UAGGAAGUGAAAAUUGAACACAAGAAAAGUGUUGAGCACCCUCUUCUCCUUUCAGACUGCUUAACCAAAGGAAUAUAGCAGCACUCUACUAAUUCUUCUUUUUGUUGAAAUAAAAUAAUUACUCUUUAAUUUCCAUCUUCUUUGCGUUUUUCUCUCUAUCUCUCUUUUUUUGUUCCAUUAGAUCAUUCAUAAAGCGGAUCAAGCCACCUUGAUUGUGACUUUCCUCAGUUCUUGAUCACUAUAUCUUGAAGGAAUUAAGAAGAUGAAUGGUGAGGCACGGUCAAGAGUAGUCGACCAAGAAGCUGGCUCAACUCCAUCUACUUUGAGAGAUGAAGAUCAUCCCUCGAGACAAAGGCUUUUCGGAUGUCUCCCUUAUGAUAUAGAUCUCAAUCCCCUACGCAUUGUAAUGGCGGAAUUGGUGGGGACAUUCAUUCUAAUGUUCAGUGUGUGUGGGGUCAUAAGCAGUACCCAAUUAUCCGGCGGCCACGUGGGAUUGCUAGAGUACGCCGUCACCGCUGGAUUAUCUGUGGUGGUCGUAGUUUACUCCAUCGGACACAUCUCUGGCGCCCAUCUUAACCCUUCCAUCACCAUUGCUUUCGCUGUCUUUGGCGGAUUCCCGUGGUCUCAGGUUCCGUUGUAUAUAACGGCGCAAACAUUGGGGGCAACGGCGGCAACAUUAGUUGGGGUGUCAGUGUACGGAGUAAACGCUGACAUUAUGGCAACAAAACCUGCUUUAAGCUGCGUUUCUGCAUUUUUCGUUGAACUCAUAGCUACGAGCAUCGUCGUGUUUCUCGCCUCCGCGUUGCAUUGUGGUCCUCAUCAAAAUUUGGGUAAUUUGACGGGGUUCGUGAUUGGAACAGUCAUUUCCCUUGGAGUGCUUAUUACCGGACCGAUUUCAGGAGGAUCGAUGAACCCAGCUCGAUCACUUGGACCGGCGGUGGUGGCAUGGGAUUUUGAAGACUUAUGGAUUUACAUGACAGCUCCGGUGAUCGGAGCCAUAAUCGGAGUUUUGACAUACAGAUCAAUUAGCCUAAAAACCAGGCCUUGCCCUUCUCCAGUUUCCCCUUCCGUUUCUUCACUUUUACGUUAAUCACUUCAAAACCUAAUAUCUAUUAUACAAAUAAACACUUUUGAUUUUUUUUCUUGGUUAAGGUUUUUAAGUUUUUGUCAUUACGUCAUUAGAUGCCGUGAUGCGAAAACAGAGAGCUACUUAUCGGAUUGAAGAUAUAGAGGGUAAAGCAAAUGAAAACAGGGGGCAUUUUGUUCUUUUUACACAAUGAAAUGAACGCAAUUAAAAAUCUUUAGUCACA